GUUCUUUGCUGGAGUCAUGGCCAACUUACCUAAUUCUGAAUCGAGGCGGUUGUAUUCGUGGUGGUGGGAUAGCCACAACACCCCUAAGAACUCAAAAUGGCUCCAGCAAAAUAUCACAGAUAUGGAUGGCAAGGUGAAGUGUAUGAUCAAGCUCAUCGAAGAAGAUGCAGAUUCAUUUGCUAGACGGGCUGAAAUGUACUACAAGAAACGCCCUGAGUUGAUGAAACUGGUUGAGGAGUUCUACCGUGCCUACCGUGCAUUAGCUGAAAGAUAUAACCAUGCAACGGGGGAGCUCCGCCAUGCUCAUCGAAAAAUAGCAGCAGCAUUUCCUGAUGAAGUUCCUUUUGAGCUCGGGGACGAGGGCGAUGUGGAUCGCAUGCUUGAGCACACUAGCGCGAGUUCUCCAUCUGAUCAGGAGGAUUCUAAUGGAGGCAUGGAAAAAAGGGGUUUAAAGCAAUUGCAAACGCCACCUCAAGAUUCGAAUUCUGCUGAGAGAUCUCAAGAUUCUGUAGAUGAGAUGCAUAUUGAGACUGAAAGAGCAGAAAGAGCUGAAAUCGAAGUUCCCGGCUUGAAGAAAGCACUUGCAGAUAUGGAAGUCGAAAAGGAGGGUAUCCUGCUUCAGUAUCAGCUAUGCCUCAAAAAGCUGGAUGAGAUAGAGGGGCAGCUGCGUCAUGCUCAAAUGGCAUCAACGACGUUCAGUGAGAAGGCCGAAAGAGCUGAAACCAAAGUUGAAACUUUGAAGGAAGCCCUCAUUCAGUUGGAGUCUGAAAAGAUUGCAGAAAUGGUGAAAAAUGAAGAGUAUCUUGAGAAGAUAUCUCAUCUUGAGGCUAUGGCUUCUCGACUACAAGAAGAUAUGAAGGGCCUCGACAACAAAACAUUUUCAGCGGAGAGUGAAGCACAAACUCUUAAAGACGAAGUGUCAAGAUUAGAGAUUGAAAAUGAAGCAGCAGUGUGUAGGUAUGAGCAAUGUCUUGGAAAGAUAUCGGAAUUGGAGAACAUAAUCUCUACGAAGGAAGAUGAGGCGAGGAUGAUUAAGAAGCAAGCUGAAACGGCUAAAAUUGAAGCCUCGAAACUGAGAAAGGCAGUUGCUGAUCUGAACAAGGAGAAAGAAGCUUCAGCUCUCCAAUACAAGCACUGCUUAGAAAUGAUAUCCAAGCACGAGAGAGAUAUAUCUAGCGCAAAAGAUGAAGUUGAAUGCCUUAACCGUGAAGUCUUGAUUGGCACUUCGAAGCUCAGGACUACACGAGAGAAGUGCACUCUGUUAGAGAUGUCUAACCAAGCGCUGCGAGUUGAAGUUGAUGAUCUGGAGGAGAAGAUUGCAAGGAAAGAUCAAGAGAUCUCGAGCAAGCAGGAGGAGCUCGAGAAACUUCAGUGUGGUUUGCGUGAUGAGAGCGCUCGUUAUGCACAGGUUGAGGACACUCUUGAGGCUCUGCAGAAUCUGCACUCACAGUCAAAAGAUGGUCAGAGAGCUCUGGCCUCGGAGCUCAAAGACAUGCUUCGGAUGCUAAAAGAUGUUGAGACAAGCAAACGUGGUUUGGAGGAGGAGCUUCAGCAAGUUAGGGAUGAAAAUCAUGACUUGAGUCGAACUUCGUUCUCUUCAGCAACGUCCAUGGAGAAUAUGCAAAAUGAGAUCCAUAGUUUGAAGGAGAUUAGGGAGAGGCUAGAAAAGGAAGUAUUGCACCAUAUGGGCAUAGGCAUGUCCCUCCAGCAUGAGAUCUCAUGCUUGACAGGAGAAAUCGAGCGCUUGAACAAGAGCUACCAGGCUUUGGUUGAGCAAGUGGAAGCAGCAGGUCUUGACCCGAAAUGUCUUGGGAAUUCGAUAAAGAGCUUGCAGGAUGAGAACUCGAGGUUUAAAGCGUUGCACGAAGAGGAUAGCAGUGAGAAGGAGAUUCUGUUGAGGAAGUUAGAGAGCAUGGACGAAGUCUUGAAGAAGAAAGUGGCAGCCGAGAGGUCCCUCUUGGACUUGAAUCGUGACCUGGAGUCAUCACGUGAGAAGGUGAAGGAGCUGCAAGAAUCCUGCGAGCUCCUCCAUGGAGAUAAGGCCACUCUUGCUGCUGAGAAAGCUUUUCAUUUAUCUCAGUUGCAGGUGAUAACUGAGAGCAUGAACAGUUUAGUGGGGCAAAAUGCUGUUCUUGAGAACUCGUUGUGUGCAGCAAAAGUUGAGCUUGAAGGCUUAAAGGAGAAAUCGAAGGGAUUAGAAGAGAUAUGUGAUUUGCUCAAGAAUGAAAGGUCAUAUCUUCUGUCUGAAAGGGACAGGUUGGUUCUUAAGCUGGAAAAUGUGGAGAGAACACACGAAAGCCUAGAGAAUAAGUUUCAGCGAUUGGGAGAGAAAUAUGCAGACUUAGAGAAAGAGAAUGAAGCCAUGCAUUUUCAAGUCGAGAAACUCAAGGUUUCGUUUGGUGAGGAGAAGCAGGAACGAAUAGGUUCGCAGCAACUAAGUGAGACGAGGAUGGCCGGCCUUGAAACCGAGAUUCAUCACCUGCGAGAAGAAAACAAAUGGAAGACGAAAGAAUCAGAGGAGGAACUCGAAAAGGCUAUGAAAGCACAGUUUGAAAUAUCCAUCUUUCAGAAAUUCAUACAAGAUAUGGAAAAAAAGAAUUAUGCUCUCAUCAUCGAGUGCCAAAAACACGUGGAUGCAUCUAAAUUGGCAGAGAAAGUGAUAUCAGAGCUUGAGAGUGAAAGCCUUGAGCAGCAGGUGGAAGCUGAGCACUUGUUGGAUGAAAUUGGAAGGCUGAGGUUAAGCAUAUACCAAAUUUUCACGGCCCUCGGAAUCAGUCCAGAUUGUGCACCUGAGGAUAAGGGUGAGACUGAGCAAAAUUUGGUGCAUCAGAUUCUUGAAAGUGUCAAAGAUAUGAAAUUCUCCAUCUCCAAAAAUGAAGACGAAAAACAGCAGAUCUUUGUUGAGAACUCGGUUCUGGAGGCCCUCCUUGAGCAGUUGCAGUCCAAGGGCGUGGAGAUCGAAUUGCAGAAACAGCAUUUGGAGCAGGAGGCGGAAAUGAUGGCCAAGAAACUUGCCAUUGUGAACAGUGAAAAAGAAGAGCUCUUAGAGAUAAACAUGCAGUUAAAAUCAGACGUGAGCAAGGGUUCUCAGGCGGCUUUCGUGCUUCAGGCUGCGCUGGCAAGUCUCUGUGUUCGACAAGGUGAUCUGCAAGCGGCUUAUAAUGCAUUACACGAAGCACACUCUCGAGCAAAGCAGGAAAAUGCAUGUUUGCUGAAGAAGUUCUCUGAUAUGACUGAGGAGAAAUGUCAGGUGGAUCAGCAUAACGAUGAUAUCCUCUUGGAAUUAUUGGCAACUGCCAAUCAAUCUGCCUUGUUGAAGAGCUUUGUAGAAGAGAAAACAGUGGAGCUAAGAUCGCUACUCGAAGAUCUGAACAUUCAACACGAGGUGAACAGUUGCCUUGUAAGAGAAAUGAGCGAGUUAGGGGGCAAGCUUGACCUACAGAAGGCCGAAAAUCUAGUUCUCAAAGACGCUGUGUGCAGCUUGGAGAGUGAGAUCCAAGAAAUCCGAGAAUGCAAUGUUCAAAUGAAGCAGGAGAUAGCAAGUAAUACAGAGAGCUUAAUUCAAACCAAGAUGAAGCUCUUUGAUACAGGAAUGCAGCUUGAAGCUACUGAGAAGAUUAACUCCACGUUAUUCGUGACAGUAGCUGAGCUGAAGAUUGACGUUCAUAGGUCUCAGCAAGCAAGGGAAGAUCUAGAGAAGAACGUGGCCCGUCUCUCUGAAACUAAUUCCACACAGAUGAAGGAAAUUCAGAGCCUUCACAAAGUCAACAAAAACUUAGAGUAUGAAAUUGGCCUACUUCAUCACGAAAUUGAGGAAAAUGCAGUGAGAGAGCAGACACUUAGUAUAGAGCUCCAAGGAAUGAACAAUGAGUUCGAACUCCGGGAGGCUGAAACAGCUGCACUUUGUUUAGAUCUUCAGGUCUCGUCUGUCCAAGAAGUUCUGUUAAAGGAUAAGGUCCAAGAGCUCACUGGGGUGUGCCGGAAUCUUGAGCAUAAAAAUACUACAAAAAUGUCGGAGGUUGAAGAGAUGAAACGGAAGAUUUGUCUCAUGGAGAGCGAAAUCAACGGACUGAAAUCCCAACUUUCAUCAUAUGAUCCAGUGAUAGCUUCCCUCAGAGAUGAUGUAACACUCAUAGAGCACAAUGUACUACUUCGUUCCAACCUUAAAGCUGCACACAGCCAAGAGACUGAGCAGUUUCUGGAAUUUGCUCCUCAUCCUAGUGAAGCCACAUCUCAGACGCCAUUGGAACAUCAAAGCCUUCUUAGUUUGCAGAAUUUGCAGAUGAGAGUUAAGGUAGUCGGAAAAUUGAUGGAAGACAAGAAGAAACCUGUCUUACGAAGAAGAUCCAGUUCCAAGAGCAAACAGGAACCUGUGAUUGAUGAAGGUUUCCGCUUGAAGAUGCAGCCCAGCUUGGGUAGAGACAAGCAUAAGCGCAACAGCAAGAAAGCGUGUCAAAGUGAGCCGAAAGCAAAAGCCAAAGCCUCAGAAGCCCAAAUUUCAAUGCUAAUGAAAGAUAUUCCUCUUGAUCAAGCCUCUGAUAGCUCCUUGAGGAAUACUAGUAAUGGCUCUGAUAAUAUGAUGCUUGAGCUGAAGGAGACUGUCGAGGAUGGAAUCAGACAUCAGCGCAGACCAAAGGGAUGGGAUAGAGCUCAUGAUCAGUUACAGCCAUCGACUGAUUCAGAUAUGGAGAAAGAGAUGGCCAUGGAUAAGCCGGAGCUCUCGUCUAGAUUCACCGAGCCUAAUCAAGAACUGAAUGACAAAAUCAUCCUCGAGAGACUUGCCUCCGAUACUGAGAAGCUGGAAAGUAUCCAGACAGUACUGCACGACUUGAGAAGGAAACUGGAGACGAACAAGAAGAGUAGGAAGGCCAAGAAUGUCGAUUUUGGAGAUGUUAAGGAGCAAUUGCAGGAAGCAGAGGACACAUUAGUGCAUCUGGCUGAUUUGAAUGUUCAGCUAGUGAAGAACAUAGUGGAGUGCCCUCCUGAAGAAAUGUCCUCUCCAAGGCUGAAAGAGGCGAUGAAGGCGUGGAGAGUCAAGGUGAUCGAGCAAGCUGAUAAGGGGUCCGAGAGGAUCAGCAUGCUGGAACUAGCGGUGCAAAAGAUUCAGUUCGUGUUGUCAAAGGUGGAGGAUGAAGGCAAAGGGAGCAACAAAUUCUUGAGGAGCAGAACUGUGAUUUUGAGGGACUUCAUUUAUAGCGGAAGGAAGAACAGCGGGAGGCGAAAGAAGGGGCUGAACUGUGGGUGGUUCAAGCAAUCAACUAAUGGAAACAGAAGCUGAAAGAUUGAUUCUUGAUGCUGUUGGUAGGUUUAUUUGUGUUAAGUUAAGUUGAGCAUAACUGUAAUGACUAGAAUUGCUCUAUUUGUGUAAUUUUCAGCUCAACAUUAUGUUGGUGUUAGAAAUAUUGGUAGUUCAUAACUUCA